AAUGGCCAAAUGUGAAUAAUUCCACACAACUGUCAAACUAUUCAACUUGACUUUCAAUUUGAUUUCAGUCGCAUUGCGGUGUUCUAAAAAUUUGUGAUACUCCAAUAUUUACAUGUAAUUUCCGUGAAUGUAAGUAACACUUAGUGGAGUGUUCUCGUGUCGUUCAAUUUACGAUGCCAAAUAAAGGCGUAGAAGACCACAAUUACCCAAAUCACCCUCCUCACUAUCUGCAUGAGUUGCCUCAAGAAGAUGAGGAACGUCUGGGAAAGCUAUUCGCUCGUCUUGAUAAGAAUGAAAACGGUAGAAUUGAUAUUCAUGAUUUGUCUAGAGCUCUCAGAGAACAUGGGGUUCACCAUGGGUAUGCUGAGAAGUUUCUCAAAAGUACUAAGAGCAAGAGUGGGGAACUAUCCUUGGCUGACUUUAUUUACUAUGUCAGAGAGCACGAGAAAAAUUUGAGGCUGCAUUUCACUCAUCUUGACAAAAAUAAAGAUGGAAAAAUCGAUCUGGAGGAGCUCAUCCGGGCCUUCAACGACCUUGGAAUUCCUUUGGAGAGGGGAGAAGCGACGAAUCUCUUACAGAGGUAGCUAAACACAUUUGUACGU